CCUAAGUUAAACUCAUCACAGCUGAUUAUUUUCUCUAUGUAAGUUUUUGGAUCUCCUUCUCAUUUUCAUUUACAAAGUUGCUUUUUAGUUUCUGAAAAUCUAUGGUUUUGAAAUUUGCGGAAUUUCCAAUUUCACAUGUGGUUUAGAGUUUAGUUAUGUGGGCAAUUUUUUAGAGAGACUCUCAAUUUAUCUGUUUCAUAUAUAUAUAUAUAUUUGCAUGUCCGUAUGCUUCCCGUAUGUGUCUUUGUGCAAUGCAGGUUCAUUUUAUAUAUAGUCAGUCAAUAAUUACUCAUCUUGGUGCGUUUCUAAAACGAGCCAGAGGGAAACAUGAGUCCGUGCAAAAGAAAGAAUGAGGAGGAAGCAGUUGCUGCUGUUUGUCUGAUCAGUAAAGCCCCAGAAGGAAUCUCAUUGGACAUACCACAAAGAAAGGGGAAGGAUGAGCAGGAGUGUUCAAGAGAAGAAACGUCCACUGGACUUGUCUCUUACCAAGACUGUAACUCAUAUGCAGAGCCUCCAGACACAUGCAAGAGAAAGAAAUAUGAUGAAGAAGAAACCGAUGCUGCUCAUGCUUCUUGCGGAAUCAUCAUCAGUAAAACCCCAGAAAGAUCUCGGGAGACUUACAAGAAAAGACGGUUCAAGGACUCAUCAACGGCUUCUCUUGUGGAAAGAGACAGAACAGAUGAAUCCACCAGUCUGUCACUUGUAUGCGUUCCUCCAGGGAUGAAGGAAUGUGAUGCAGAACCGGUGGUUACAACCACCGGAACCGCAAGUAAAGUAACUUUAGGACCAUCCAUUGGUGUUGUCGACAUUGUUGUCAAUAAAUCUGCUUACUUCUUGCAGGUUGCUUUGCCCGGUGUCUGCAAAGACUCCGGUGAGUUCAGCUGUGAGAUUGAGUCAGAUGGAAAGGUUAUACUGGAGGGAUCAACUACGAAAGGAUGCAAAACGAUCAAAAGGCAUUCUCUGGUUUUCAAGAUGAAUAUCCGGAAGCUGUGUCCGCCUGGACCGUUCAGGCUGUCCUUUAGCCUCCCAGGACCAGUUGAUCCGCGGCUAUUCUCUCCUAACUUCCGAUCAGAUGGUAUCUUUGAAGCUGUCGUCAUCAGACAGGAAAACUUUAUCUAGAACCAAAGGUCCCUUCAAGCCCGGAACGCGUUAGAUCUCUAAUGUGGCUAUAGAAGCUAGGCACGCCCCACUAAAAUAUCUUGUAUGGAUGGACAUAUCUCUCACUCUUUGGGAGAUAACGCAUGAUAUAUAUGCUUGAUCACUUGAGU